AUGUUAACGCUAUUUGUUUUUGGCGUGCUUUGGGCAACGGCAAUUUGCCAAGGUAGAUCAUUACCUUUCUGGCAUCAAAGCGUGCUGGUUAGUCCCGACUUACAGACUCCCGGUACAAGAGAUCUGGAAUUAGGAGAACUAAACUUCUUACACACCACCGAUACUCACGGAUGGCUAGGAUCACACUUAAACCAAGCCAAUUAUGAUGCAGACUGGGGCGACUUUGUUUCCUUCACGUCGAAUUUCAAGCAUAACCGAGUGGGGACUUCUCGAGAUCUCAUUUUAAUCGACACUGGGGACAAACAUGAUGGGAACGGACUCAGUGACGCCACUGCAACUAAUGGCCAGCUUUCCACCGAGAUAUUCAACGAACAAGAUUACGAUUUGCUAACUUUGGGCAACCAUGAACUUUACACGGAAGAAAACACAGUCUUGGAGUAUUACUCGACUGCGACGUCCAAAAAGUUUAGGGACGCUUACGUUUCCAGCAAUGUAGAUUUUGUGACCGAAGAUGGCAGACUAGUGCCUUUCGGCUCAAAAUUUUGCUAUUUCAAGACUCCAAAUCGAAACAUCCGAAUCCUGGCGUUUUCGUUCAUGUUCAACUUCCAGCGCGCUAAUGCAAGGGCCAAAGUGACUUUGGCUACUACCGCACUGCAGCAAGAAUGGUUUCAGAAGGCGGUCUCACAAUAUCCAGAGGGUGAAAUUGAUGUGAUAGUUAUUUUUGGUCAUAUGCCAAUCACAGACCCAGAAGAGCACGAAAUCAAUCAAGUCCACUCCAUCUUCAGAAAACAUUAUCCGCGGACCAUAAUCCAGUAUUUUGGUGCUCAUUCGCAUGUAAGAGAUUUUGCCGUGUUUGACGAACUGUCCACUGGGAUACAGAGUGGACGAUUUGCAGAGACGGUUGGGUUUUUGUCCAUUGAUAAUAUCAAAAGCGAUACACCAAAAUUCAGCAGACGUUACAUCGACUUCAAUAAAAACCAGUUCUCACAUCAUUCGGGCAGCUCCACUUUAACCGAAAAAGGCGUCAAGCUUUCUCAUAAAAUUAGCCGCAUAAGACAAGAACUGAAUCUGAACGAUGUUGUCGGCUAUGUUCCAUCAUCGUAUCACAUGUAUUCCAAACCGCUUUCGUCGAAGCAUAAUAUCUACAAUUUGCUCACAUCCAAGGUGCUGCCCAAUCUAAAGUCAGAUCGAACAGAUGAAUCGAAAUCUCGCUUUACCAUCAUCAACACCGGAUCUAUCAGGUACGAUUUGUACAAAGGAAACUUUACCAAAGACACCGAGUAUAUUGUGUCACCAUUUCCUAAUAAUUGGACUUAUGUCGAAGUACCACUUUCGCUGGCCGAAGGUGUGGCCGACUACCUGAAUGAUGGGCCUGUUCUGUACACAUCAAUGGCGCCGCCGGAAGUGCGCAGAAAAAAGCACUAUCCAGGAUCGUGUCCCUUCAUCCAUGAUCCACAUUUGCGCAAGGGCUACACAACCAGCGACGAUUUUGGGUGCGAUGGCGAUGACGUCAUUCACAAUUCAGAACUCGUGUUCCGGAUACCUAAUGUCGUGCAGUCCGUGGAGUUGAAGAGAGUGGGGCCAGAGGAUCGAGUGCAUUUGAUAUUCUACAGUUUCAUUCAAAAGGACGUUUUGCGCGCUUUGAACGAUUUAAGCAAGAAUCUACCAACACAUGUUGAAUACACGGACGCACACUGUCAGAAUUACGGAGGAGACUCUACGAAGGAUUUGUUGAAACAGUAUGUAAGAGAUCAGCAGCUACAGUCACAUAAGUAG